GUUAUUUGUAAUAACCGAGUUUUAUCAACUUGCACUAAAAGUUUAAAAUAGAACACACAAUUAUUAGUAGCAAUAAAAGCACAUAACCCUCCCAAAUCACGUAGCCAAUCAGUCAAAUUUAAUUCAAAGAUUUUCUAAGUUAAUACAAAGAUAUUAAUUAGAAGAGUAGAACCGAUUUCUGUAAUUAUAAAGAUCUCAGUAUAUUAAAUUAAACCUUUUAAUAUUGUGCACAACUACAAACUCUAAUCAACACUAUACAAUACAAGUUUUUAUAUAAAUAACCUUUAAUCAUGCCACUAUCAAUACGUAUUCAAAUUCAAAAUUGCAACAUCUCUUUCUCUCUUGAGCCAUGGCAGCACAAAGUUCUGAUGCUUGUCCUUCUGAAUCCUCUAGCAUCUCUGCCACCUUCCAAGGGAUUGAUAACAACACAAGGGACAAUGAUCUAGCUUCUGAACCAGACCAAGCCUCAAAUUCCAAUAAUAAUAUGGAAAGGAUGUUGGAUUUUGUGAAGCUCUCCAACAACGAUGUUUCAUCGAUUCGAUGUUCUUCCAACGUGAAAGAGCUUGAUUUUUUCAACACCGGGAAGAGGGUGAUGGGAUCAUCGUCAACUUGGACUAAUAAUAAUAAUGUUGACGAAGGAAAAGAUGAAAACACUGAAGAAAAAGAAAGGACUUCAGAGCCGAAAACUUUCUCUUGCAAUUUUUGCAAGAGAGAGUUCUCGUCCUCUCAAGCCCUUGGUGGGCACCAAAAUGCCCACAAACAAGAGCGUGCGAUAGCGAAACGUCGCCAAGGGAUGGACACGGGUGCUUUUGGUCACCCUCACUUUCCAUAUUAUCCUUACCAUAGCUUUUUCACACCAUCUUUAUAUGGGUCCUAUAAUAGGACACUUGGGGUAAGAGUGGAGUCUAUGAUUCACAAACCUUCUUAUCCUUGGUCUGCUGGUCUUAGGUUUGGUCGUAAUCAUAAUUGGUCAACGCAGAGGAUUCUUGGUUCAUCAUCAUCAUUAGCACUUGAUAGGUUAAGUAUUGAGGGUUUGCAACCAAAUAAUGAAGUAGGCGGGGUUAGUGGAAUUCAAGCAAGUUCUUCGAAUUUGAGAAAAGAAGAUGAUAAUGGUGGUAAUGGAAAUACUUCCCAAUUAGGAGAUUCUUCUACCAACAAUGUUGCUACAAGUCUCACUUGCCAUGCAAAGGAUGAUCAGGAUCCCAAGCCAGAUAAUGAACCCUCUAGUUCUGAGUCUCCGGGGCUUGAUUUGUCACUUAAGCUUUAAGUUUGAACUUUAAUUCAUAUUAAUUAUGUAGUUUAUUCUUUUUUUUGUCUGUAUACUUCAUCUUAACUUUUAGUUCAUGCGUUAUCGAUAAUACUAUUACUAGUUUAUUUUUGGUGUGAUCAUUUUAGUAUAUUGACAAUGUCAUAGAUUAAACGGUAAUAUAUAUAUG